ACCAGCACACUGAACGACCGUGAGAGUGCCAUGGAAGAAGCGACAGAGAUGCCAAAUGUUUCAAGGGCAAACCCUCCUAAAAAAGCGACCAAAAAGAAGAAAUCCGGGGCGACCAUAAACGAUCUCAUCCUGACCGCAGUGUCCGCCACCAAGGACCGAGCGGGUAUUUCCACACACGCUCUGAAAAAGGAGCUGGGCGCUCAGGGCUACGACGUGGCGAACAACAACGUCUACAUUAAACGCGGGAUCAAAUGGUUGUUGUCUAAAGGAGCGAUCGUGCACACGAAAGGAAGCGGGGCUGUAGGUUCCUUCAAGGCGGGUAAAAAUGCUGCAGCGGUGGCUGCGGCGAUAGAAGCGGCCGCUCGGAAGUCUGAGAGAUACAUGACGGAGAAGACGGCAGCCGAAGCCAAGAAGAUUUAUGUCAAGAAUGCUUUAAGAGGAUCCAAGAAAGGAGUUAAAAAAGGUGCAAAGAAGACUGCUACACCUAAAGCUGUCAAGAGUACUGCGAAAAAGUAAAUGUACUACAGUUUACUUCACUCACUCCAUAACAAGGCUCUUCUUUAGAGCCACCCAAAUCCAAUAAAGAGCAUUCAUCCUGAAUCCGUUUUACAUGAAAAGAUUGUAUAUUCAAAAG